AUGGUGAGGACAUCGGCAUCUUGCAAGGUUGGCCCUGCUCGCAAGGCUCCCCCUCCACACAAGGUCAGCCCUGCCCACAUCACAAAGACUAAUCACAAAUUCUCUAAGCUCCCAGAUACCUUGCCUAUUGCUGAAGGUUCUGUUGAAGAUGGAAGCCCUGAACCCUCCCCUACCAAUAAGGAUUCUGGUGCACUUGCAGAUGAUAACACUGUGGUUGAUUCUACUGUAGAUGGCCCUAUACUCUUCAAGAAGCGCAAGACAAUAUCAUCAGCAGCAUGUGACAGUGACAAUCAAUCAGACUGCAACUACAACGAUGAGGAGAAGAGCCAGUUGGGCUCUGACAAUGAUGAUGCUGACAAGUCACCCGUGCCUCCUGGUACACAGCCUCAACAAGCGGACAAGGAUCACGUCUCACCUGCACCUCCUGCUCGACAGGCCAAGGGUAAGGGGAAGCAGCUACCUCCCCCUGCAGAUGAUGAAGAGCAACACAACAAUCAGCAUCAGGCUGACCUUGAUGAUGGUCAGCAGCAGGUCGACCUUGAUGAAAAUUCUGAAGCCAUUGAUAAGGCUGUCGCCUUGGGUGACAAAACAGUUGCAGAGGUGGAGAAAAUUGCCAAGGAGUAUGGCAAAUCAGUACGAACAAUUUUGAUUCAAGCUGGGUUAGCAGUGAAAACUACUUGUGCUGACAAUAGUUGGAACAUGUACCAAGCAUGGUACAAGACAAAGCACCCCAAGUCUUCUGACACUCCGAAAUUCAAUCCUGAGCUUGCAUGCGAGAAAGGGGAGGGAACUCAUGACUGCAAUCACUGUGUAGCUCCCAUUAUGAUGCUCAAAAAGUUUGAAGGUGCUGGCAUCCCACAUGAGGCGAAAAAUAUUCCCUGGAAAACUAUGCUCAAUUCAUUAUACCUUCACCAAGCACAGGUCAUUGACUGGCCUGCAGGUGUCCCUCCUGUUGGCUCCGAUUUUGUAUUCAAGGACUUGAAGACAGACGAGCUCAAGGCACUGGUUGGUCCCUACUUAAAGCGCUGCAUGGGCUCUGACUACAAUGUGGAGCUUGCUCGUGUCGAACACCCAGAGCUGAAGAAGAAAAGGAAAGAUAAGUUAAGUGGGGUGAAGGUUCCUGAGACAGAGUUGAUGUUCAUACCUUGGUUGGAUGAGUCUAAAGACUUAAUGAGCAAUGAAGAUUCCACCAUGUUGAACAUCCCUCUCAUCACUGACACAGAUGUAUUGAGGUUCCAGACUCUGCUGGUUUCCCCCCCUCGCAAUUCUCCAACUCCUCAGCCCUCCUCACCACUUGUCUGGUCCCCUUCUCCACCAUGUAGGGAUCACCACAAGGUCAUGCCACUUCCCUGUCCCAUCCCUACCAAAGUCCCUCCUCAUCAACCUUCAUUGCAGAAAGGUGUUGUCAUGCAUACUUUGAACCCUCAACUUAUGUCUCGAAUAACUCACCCUGCACCUGGCACACCUGUGAAAUCUCACAAGGUUGCAGAAGUACCACUUGUUCAGAAGUGCCAACGAGAUGAGAGUGAUGGUGAGGAUCACAAGGUUGGCAGAUGGAUGAUGAGCAGUGCUACACACCAUUAUUCCCAUGGCCAUCAGCAGCAGCAUCACUUGCAGCACCAUCCCACUCAACAACCUUGUCAUUGUAGCCCAUCACCACCUAUUCGCCAUUCUCAUCAUCAUGGCUAUGCUCACUCCAGAUCUCCAGUCCGACACCAGUAUGCAUAUACCCAAGAAUCUGCCCCUGUUGCUGGUCCAUCGAGGCGUGCUACUAAGGCUUGGGUGUCUCCAAUGGAAGAUGAAGAAGAGGUGGAGGUAGAGGAUGGUGGCUAUGAUCAUGAUUACUUCGAAGAUUAUGAAUGA